AUGUAUGAAGUUAAAAAGCAAAAAUCUAAGGAUUAUGAAAAGGAUAAAAAGAAGAUUAUUUCGGAUAAACCUAGUUCUUUAAAAUAUGAGCUAACGAAUUUUCAAAGUCUUUUUAGUUCCCGAUAUGUUAUACUUUGUGCAUUAUAUGUAAGCACAGAUCAAGGUGUAAUAUCUAUUGUACUUGUUAUGCCUCAUUUUCUUAAAAAAUUUCCUGAACUAGCAAUUGCAGAGUCAUCAAUAUAUCAUGGAGUACCAUACCCUUCUACAUCAUCGCCCAAUGCUGGUUUUUAUAAAGGUCUUAUGACUGCUUUAAUAGAACUUGGCGCUUUUCUUGGUGCUUUAAAUCAAGGCUGGAUCGCUGAUAAGUUUUCCAGGAAAUAUUCAAUAUUUUGGGCAGUAUUUGUUUUUACAGUUGGUGCAAUUGUUCAAACUGUAUCUUCAGACUAUGCAACACUUUCUAUAGCAAGAUUUAUAGGUGGAGUUGGUGUCGGAAUGUUAAGUAUGGCAGCACCUCUUUAUAUGGCUGAAAUAUCACCUCCUGAAAUUCGAGGGCUUUUACUCGUUCUUGAAGAAUUGAUGCUUGGUUUAGGUGUUCUUUUUUUACCGUUUUCUCCUCGUUGGCUUGCAUUUAAAGGUCGUGAUCAAGAAUCUUUACGUUCUCUUAGCAAGCUGCGACAACUUCCUGAAUCAGAUCCAUCUAUUCAAAAAGAAUGGAUUGAAAUUCGCGUAGAAGCAAAAUUUCAAAAAGAAGUAAGUGAACUUCGACAUCCUAAAUUAAAAGAUAAUCGCAUCUCUACAAUGAUAAAAUUAGAAAUAGCAACAUGGUGUGAUUUAUUUAAACGAGGAUGCUGGAGAAGAACUACAGUUAGCAUAGGCAUAAUGUUUUUUCAACAAUUUGUUGGUAUUAAUGCUUUAAUAUAUUAUUCUCCCACUUUAUUUAAGACUCUUGGUUUGGAUUAUGAUAUGCAAUUAUUAAUGUCUGGUAUUUUAAAUGUUACUCAGCUAUUUGGCGUUGCCAUUAGUAUAUAUACUAUGGAUAGAUUAGGGAGACGUCCUUUACUUUUAAUUGGUAGUAUUUUAAUGUUUAUUUCUCAAUUAAGUAUAGCCAUUAUCGUUGGAAUAUAUAGUCAUAAUUGGCCUAUUUAUAAAAUACAAGGUUGGGUUGGAGUUGCAUUAUUACUAUUUUACAUGUUAUCAUUCGGUUCAACAUGGGGACCUGUUCCUUGGGUAUUACCUGCAGAAAUAUUCCCAUCUUCUCUUCGAGCAAAGGGUGUAGCUAUAUCAACAUGUAGCAAUUGGUUCAAUAAUUUUAUAAUAGGAUUAAUUACAAUUCCAUUGGUAGAAAAAACCAAUUAUGGUGCAUAUUUAUUUUUUUCAGUUUUUUGUCUUCUUUCAGCAAUUUUUACAUGGUUUCUUGUUCCGGAAACAAAUAGGCGUACUCUUGAAGAAAUGGAUCUAGUAUUUCAUGAUAAUUAUGGAUUUGAUGAUGAAAAAAGAAGAAAAAAAAUUGAAAGGGAAUUUGGAAUAAAAUCGUUUACAUAA